AUGUACUACCAACACACCAAUGGCUCUUUUGAGGAAGUCCCUCAUGAUGGAAGUGUCAUCUACUAUCUGGCUCGUGGUCAGAAUGCCAACGACAUCAUCUCAUUCCCCAAGGGUUUCCAGAUGUUGUCGGGCAACAAGGCACUAAGAGCUGCCAACCAGUCAGGCAUGACUUGGGGAAAUGCCUCGUUCCCCAACAGACCCAUUUCUGAUGCUAUCAGUUUCGCAUGUCUCGCCGCAACUCCCGGUCCAGAGACACCGGGCAUGCCUGCUGAUCCUCGUACGUGCAUCAACGGUCUGCGUGCGCAGAUCCACUUCCAGACUUGCUGGAAUGGUAAAGAUCUAUACAAAGCCGACAACAGCCACGUUGCACACAUGAGUCAGAUCGACAAUGGACGUUGUCCUCCAACACAUCCUUAUCAGUUCCCUCAUCUGUUCCUUGAGACCAACUACGCUGUCACUCAGGUGUCUAACCUGAACGACGGUGGCCGCUAUGUCUUUUCUCAGGGUGAUCCCACUGGAUAUGGCUUCCAUGGUGAUUUCCAGAAUGGUUGGGAUGAUGAUGCGCUCAAGAGUGCCAUUAGCACCUGUCUUGUUGAUGGUCAGGAUGACUCUGGUACGCUUGAUGAUUGUCCUGUGCUUCACCCUUUCUGGAAUCCAAACUUCUCCAACAACUGUCCCCUACAGCCUCCUCAAAUCGGUGAGCGAGUCACUGGUAUGAUCGACAAGCUUCCUGGUUGUGUUCGCGUCACCAAUGGUCCCGGCGCUGCCACAGCUGCUGACAUGGAAUGCCCGGCUGGUGUUCGUCUAACCAGCAUCAGCAGUACUGUUGAUUCGACUCCACGACCUACAUACACACCCACGGCUGGCACUCCCUUCGGUAACAAGUUCAACAAAAUUGUGGGCUGCGGUAACGACUCGUAUAUCAACAACGGUUUCAGAAGUUUGAACGCGAUAUACACGACCUACCCAGGCCUGACCGUUGAGUACUGCCAAACCUGGUGCACCAAGCGCGGAUACCCCUACUCGGGCGUUGAGAAUGGAGAUCAGUGUUUCUGCGAUCUUGCCAUCAACCCCUCCGUCGUCAUCAAAGACCAGACAGACUUCUUAUCAGGUUGCAACAUCGUGUGUCCAGGCAAUCGCACCGAGCUCUGCGGCGGACCCUUCUACAUGAUGAUAUACAACAACACCGACCCAUCCCUCAAAAUCACAACAAAUCUAGCCAAAUCGGUCAUCCAACUCACCUACCCCGUCGCUCCCUUUAACAAAGCCUACGUGGGCUGUGCAAGCGAGGCUAACAGCGGGCGAGCCUUGAACGCCUCUACCUUGGUCAACGCCAACAUGACCCUCAGCACUUGUGCUGGUUUCGCCGCAGCCAACAACGCCGCCUUCUACGGCCUUGAAAACAACGACGAGUGCUAUAUUGGCAACGGCCUCGCCUCUGGCAGCAAGAUCGUCGACACCACCACCGAUUACAUAAAGAGUUCAUGCUACGGCCGCUGCGCCGGCGACUUCACCCAAAUCUGUGGUGGCUCGGGGUUGUUGUCCGUAUACAGCAAUCCUUUGUAUAAGCCUGUGCAGGUUGUACCCAAUGUAGGCAAGUACAUCAGCAAGCAAUGUCUAAAGGAGCCUGUCAGUGGAGGUCGCGCUCUCACUGGAGCCAGCACCACCGACCCGCUCAUGACUGUGGAAAAGUGCGUCAAGUUUUGCUUGGGCAAGCGCUUCAAGUAUGCUGGGUAA